AUGGGGGAAGACAGCGGCAGCCGCAGCUCUGGGACCGCCAGGGAGCUGCGGAAGCUGAAGCAGCAGGCGAUGGAGUACUACCAGGAGAACGGCGUCCCGCGCAGGCUGGAAGAGCUGCUCAACUCCACCUUCUACCUCCAGCCCGCAGACGUCUACGGGCACCUGGCCAAUUGUUUCUCUAAACUUGCAAAGCCUCCCACCAUAUGCAGAAUAGUGGGAAAAAAUGUUUUGGAUGGACUGGGGCUUCCCACCCUACAAGUGGAAAUUUUCUGCACUGUUCAAAACUUCCCCAAGAGCAUCUGUUCCGUGGUGGUCCCGACCCACUUUGAAGUCCACGAGAACGCGCUGCCGGAGCUGGCCGAGGUGGAGGAAAUGGAGAGGAACCAGGCGGUGAGCACGGCGGUGCAGUGGGUCAACCAGAGCCUCACGGAGGAGCUGCAGGGCGUGGAGCCCUCCAGCCAGGUGGACGUGGAUCACACGCUCAGGACAUUCUUUGCAAAUAAAGUACAAGAAGAGAAGGAGAGAAAAGAAUUGGAAAACAACCUGGAAAACUCAACAGUGUCUAUACCCGCACCUGUAAUACCACCCCCACCCCCCGCACCCCCCCAAAAAAAGAAGCCACAAAAGCAAGUUAAGAAAGAAACUCUUACAGAGAAACCCAUUAUGCCUGCAGAACCUGCUGAGCCUGUGUUCCACGGCAGUAUGGCCAUAGGGGCCGUGUCACUGGCUGUUGCCAAAACCAGUGCCAUCCUGGGCAACAGACCCCUCUACCUAAAUAUUGCAUCUCUGAAGCACGGUCAGGAGGAGCCAGCGCUGCUCACCAUGCCUUUGCUGAUGGUCUCUCUGAUCAGCUGUGGGAAGUCGUCGCCUGGAAAGCUCAAUUUAAUGAAAGAAGUGAUUUGUAUUCCCCAUCCCGGAUUAACAACCAGACAAGGCGUGGAGAUGCUUCUGGAAAUUCAGAAACAUGUCACCAAGACAACUGAUGUGCCUCCUCCUCCAAAAGCCGAGACCAAAAAAGGGCACGACGGGAACAAGAAGGGUCCACAGCCCAUCACUGGAAAGAUGACCCAUCUUGGCUGUUUAACCAUCAACUGUGACACCAUAGAGCAGCCGCUGCUUCUACUACAGGGCAUCUGUGCCAGCCUGGAGCUGGAGCUGGGAACAGACCUGCAUUUAGCCAUCAACUGUGCUGCGCAUGAGCUGAUGGACUAUAGUCGAGGAAAAUACGAAGUGGCAAUGGGCACAUACAAAAGCGCAGCCGAGAUGGUUGACCUGUACGUGGACCUGAUCAGCAAGUACCCGGCCGUCAUCGCCUUAAUUGAUCCUUUCAGGAAGGAGGACUCUGAACAGUGGGACAGCAUCUGCAAUGCUCUUGGGUCCAGAUGUUACAUCAUCGCGGGAACUGCAUCCAAAAGUAUUUCCAAACUUCUCGAGUGUGGGGACAUCAACAUCCCAAGAUCCAACGGGCGGAUCAUACAACACACAAACCAAACUACCAUGUCCGACCUGGUGGAGAUAACCAACCUGAUGGACAGCAAGAAGCGCAUCACGGUCUUGGGCAGUCCGGACGGAGAAGCGACUGAUGACAGCCUUGUCGACUUGGCUGUGGGGCUCAGCGUCCGCUUUAUCAAGUUGGGGGGUCCUUCUCGUGGCGAGUGGGUGAUGAAGUACAACCGCCUGCUGACUAUAGAGGAAGAGCUCCUCCAGAAUGGAACACUGGGGCCCAAUGAAGAGCAUGUGUUUUUUUACAUUAAUGAGGAAGCUGAGAAGGCACCGGAGGCUGCCGCUGGUGAACUGCUUGAGCCCGUGGAGCCCAUCUUCCCCACGGAGGUUGUGGAGGACUGGGCGAAGCUGUAAGCGUCUCCGCCCAGUCACGGCUGCGCCGGGAGCACCGGCAGCCUGGGGGCCUGACGCACGGCUCCUGGGCUCCUCAACCUCGGGAACUCGUCUCCCCUCUUUAUUCUUCGACUGUCACCAUUUGGUCAAAUACACACUUCACGUUUUUGCCUGAGAUGGUGUCUGUGAGGCGUGUUUCACGGACGCCGCGCAUGCAUUUCCAUGGGGAUUUCGCUGUGUGCUGGCUCUGCUGUCCACACCUCAGGUCGCGACCUCGUGGAAGAAGCCAAUAUUUUUGCAGCCGACUCCACGCUCAGUGGAACACUUCAAUCUUUACUGCCCACAUCAUCUCCCAAACCGGAAAAGCUGCUGAGCCUGGGCGCCCUCUGUGCCAGCUCCGGCCGGAAUCUCACACCCCAGGUAGGAGGCACGGGGUAGGCGGCCUCAGGCAGAGGCACUUGGCACCCGCUCACCGGCCUUCCCCCUUCCCUGAUGCCAUCUGCCUUUUAGAUUUUCCUUUUUCUUCUACUAUUUUUUUUUUUUAAAUCUCUGAGUCUCCUUAGAUCCUUCUUAGGACAAGAAUGGGUCUAAAUGAAUAAGCAUGUCAAUGAAUGAAUAUUCUCAAGGUUGUAGAUGCCCAGUCAGCAAAUCAUUUUUUUAAAAAAUGAUGCGACA